UUAACAAAAACGGCAAGCAUGGGCUUCUGCAUUAAUACCUGCAAAGGUGCUGUAGGUUGUGUAAGCAUCUAUAGUAUUCGGGGGGGCAGGACAAGUGGCAGCUUGGCUUCACGAUAAGUAUGAAGGCUGCCAAGCUAAAAAUACGCCCCAAAGGGGGGAGUGGAUGGCAUAUUCAUUAGACAAUGAUAUUAUGGUUGAAGAAUAUGCCAAGCGCAAUCCAGCCAUUGAAUUCACACACAUACGGCCUGGCUUUGUCAAUACCCCUGGAAAUCACAACUAUACUCUCUGGCUGUUGCGCCUGUUCUCACCUCUGGUGGAUUUCAUCAUCCGACGGUUCAUGACUUCCCCCGAGGAGUGCGCAGAGUGCAUGCUCUUCGCCUUGAUUGAGGGAAAUGAGCGUUUCUAUCUGCGGGACUACAAAGGAAACCCGUGUCAGCUCCCAUCCAAGAAGUACUCCUUUUCCGACGAACAAAAGCAGGCUGUCUGGAAUCACUCAGUAGAGGUGACACAAUGUGGUUGAUUGAAGGAACGUAUGAAUGAACAUUCAAUAUCAUGUCGUACACAAGAAAAGGAUAAAUUGACAAUACUAACAAAACGCGUUUCGGGAGAGAGAAAAUUUGGAAAAGAAAAUGAGUGGUAAUGGUAUAGU